AUGUUCUCACGGGCCAACUCGACCAAGCAGAGCUUUACCAAGAGCUCAAAGUAUGGCAAAUCGGGCUCCUCUUUCAGCCGUGAGGCCGGCGUCUCGAAACGUCGACACGAGCCCCGCCGCCGACCAACGACCGCCACGAGUGCAUCAACUGCUGAAUCGUCUCCAACAGUUGGGUCAAGUGGUGUCAGCCCUAUCGUCACGCUCGUGAUCGGCCACGAGCAGCGCAUUUUUGCCGCCCACGAAGACGUCCUCUGCAACUCACCGUACUUCGCCAAUGUCCUGAAGGGCCAGUACAUCGAGGCCUCCACCAAGCGCAUCGCACUUCCCGACGAGUCGCCCGAGAUCUUCUCGUCGGUACUCGAGUACCUUUACAAGGGUGACUACUACCCGCGCCUUGUGCACAGCAAGCGCCGCAACUCCUGGGAGAUCGAGCAGCCGUCCGCCGACGGCGGCCGCAGCUCCAUCGAGUCGACCAUCUACCACCAGGACGCCAGCGGGCCCUUGCUCAAGGACACGGUCAUCUACUGCGUGGCAGACAAGUACGGGCUCGAGGAGCUCAAGCGCGUCGCCCUGCGCAAACAGGGCCUGCAGACGGGUAUCCAGUGCAGCACCAUCCUGGCGUCGGCGCGUUACGCCUACGCAAACACCCCCGACUCCGACUCCAAGCUCCGGGCCCACUACCUCGCCCUCAUCAUCCGCAGCCGCUCCACCUUCAAGCGCAGCGGCACCAUGCAGCUCGAGAUGUACAACGGUGGCAGCCAGCUCUUCUUUGACCUGUUCGUCGCGCUGUGCAACCAUGUCGACGAUGUUUCCAGCGCGCAGACCACGCCCCGAAGCAACCGCUUCAUUUAG